UCGUCAAAUGCCGUUCUUUACGCAGAAAAUUCCAUUGUGUUAAAGGCUUUGCACGUGAAUAUUAUGAAUUUCUUGAUUUUAGGAACUUCAUAAUUCUCUUUGGUGUUUGGCUCCUUUAAAAAGUAUUUGUGAUUAUCGAGCUGCAAUUUUCAUAUUGAAAAACUUCGUUCAGACUCUCGUGCUUUGUCACAAGAGGGAUACGUCAGUCGAAGAUGACGUUAUCGAACCCAUUGACUGCGAAGAAUUGAAGGAAACCGGCGUCGAGGAAUCCGGAAUUUACACAGUGUGUCCGAAGGGAAGAACAAACGAACCUCUUUGUUUUCCCUGUGUACUGCGACAUGGAAAAGGACGGAGGAGGAUGGACAGUAUUCCAGAGAAGAGGAGAUUAUGGUAAUCUGCAUGACUAUUUUUAUAGAAACUGGACAAAUUACAGCCAAGGUUUCGGAAAAUUAAACGAAAGAUUUUGGUUAGGACUGGACAAAAUACAUUCAUUAACGGCUCAAGGAAAUUACAUGCUGAGAAUUAACAUGGUAAAGUUUAGAGAAAGUGGAGAUUAUUACGCCGUUUACUCAAAUUUUAAAGUUGGAAGCAAAGACGAAUUAUACAAAUUGACGUUCGAUAACUUCGUUGAAGGAAAUAUAGGUGAUUCUUUAAGUAUUGUUAAAAAUAACAGAUUCAGCACAUUCGAUAAUGGACCGUGGAUCGGAGUCUGUUCAGAUAAUAAGAACGGCGGAUGGUGGGUCACAUCAACUGAAUCCUGUUAUACGCAUCUAAGUGUCAACAAUAAAAACAUAAAUUACAAGUGUACCGGCGGAAUGAUAUGGCAUAUUUAUGGUGAAUAUAUACAAGUAGAGUGGGUUGAAAUGAAAAUCCGAAGAAUGGAAUAACACAAAUUUUCAAUUUACCAGUUUCGUAUGUAAUGGCAUUUAUCGUAAAUAUUAAUUUGUAUUUGUAUUUUAUAAAAGCAAUUUAAUAUUUUAAUGUAUACGUAAACAAUACUUAGAUCUGCUAAUUGCCACUGAGAAUAUU